UUGCCGGUUCAAUUUUCUUUCAAACCCCCUGAUUCAAACAGUGAUGUAUUAUGGCACCCACCAAGCAGUAAUUAUCUAUCCGUUCAACAUUGUCUUCAACUGUGGGACCCAUCGACAGGUGUCAAUACACGCUUGUGUUGCCAUUACACUAAAAUACUAUAAAAUCUUGAAAGCCCUUGCAACAACAAUAAUAAUAUUAAUAUUAUUAUUAUAUUUCUUCCGACAAGCCGAAGAGUCAGUUCGAGUUUAGCCGCAAAAUGGAGAGCUGCAGAAAAAGAAAACAGCUGUAUCAACUCGAUCAUUCUGAUUCUGAUUCCGAAUCAUCCACCAGCACUGAUUCUUGUACACUUAAACGUUGUAAAACUGUGGAUACACGGGGUGGUGGUGAACAGAAGUCUUGCCAUCAGUGCAAAAGGAGCGAUAAAGGGAAUGUUGUGAGCUGCAGCAAAUGUGAGAGGAAACGAUAUUGUAGUUCCUGCAUUUCGAAAAACUAUCAUGAGAUGACUGAGGAAGAUUUUGUCAAGGCAUGUCCUUUCUGCCGAGAUAUCUGCAAUUGCAAGAGCUGUUUGCGCCUGGAACUGCCAGAAAAAAACAAAAUAAGGCUCAGCAAAGAAGACAAAGUCCAUUACUCAAAGUAUCUCCUGAAACGGCUUCUCCCCUUUGUUAGACAAUUUAAUGAACAACAAAUUUUGGAAAGAGAGAUGGAGGCUAAGAUUCGAGGGUUGUCAUUAUCUGAUGUUGAAGUGCAAGUAGCAAACUGUCCAAUCGACGAGCGUAUGAAUUGCGACUAUUGUAGAACUUCUAUUGCUGACUACCACCGGAGCUGUACACAAUGUCCAUAUGAUCUUUGCAUCACUUGUUGUCGGGACUUGCGUGAUGGCUGUUUGCAUGCACGUCAGAUGGAAGGUGUUCAAUAUAAAAAUCCCGGGGUGGGCUAUUUACAUGGUGAAACAUGUAAACCUGUUAGUAAUAGAACUGUAGGAACAUUUACUGAAUCAAAGGACGGUGCUUCCCCCAAGGCAGAAUUUGAAUGGAAACCUAACAAGGAUGGUAGUAUCUCUUGUCCACCAAAGAGCAUAGGUGGGUGUGGUAAAGGCAUUCUAAAGCUGAACCAGGUCUUACCAGACGAUUGGCUUUCAAACAUGUUAGCGAAAGCUGAAAAGUUAUAUAAACUAUAUAAGCUGAAUGACAUGCCAGAGACCCCUGCAUAUUGGUGCUCGACUUUUAACAAUGCCAAACGAAAAGCUGCUUCUCGUGACAACUCGAAUGACAACUACUUGUACUCUCCAAGUGCUAUAGACAUUCAAGCUGAAAAUUUGGAGUGUUUUCAGGCUCAUUGGUCAAGAGGUGAACCUGUGAUUGUUAGCAGUGUGCUUGAUAGUACGUAUGGUUUAAGCUGGGAACCGAUGGUGAUGUCACGAGCAAUUAGGGAUAAGUCCCAGACUGAUGUAACUGUCUUGAAUUGUUUGAACUGGUGCGAGGAGGAGUAUAGUGUAAGCUCGUUCUUUAAAGGCUAUACAGAGGGUAUACUUGACUUGUCUGACUGGCCCCAAAUGCUGAAGCUAAAUGAUUGGCCUCCAUCUGGUUUAUUUGGGGAUCAUCUCCCACGUCAUAACAUGGAGUUCAUAAGUGCUUUGCCAUUUAAGGAGUACACACAUCCUCAGAGCAGCUACUUUAAUCUUGCUGUAAAGUUACCUAGCGACCAUUUGAUGCCAGACACAGGGCCAAAGCUGUAUACCGCUUAUGGGUGUUCCCAGCAACUGGGACGUGGAGACUCUGUCACGAAAAUAAACUAUAAUGAUUCAGAUGUGGUGUAUGUGCUUAUGCAUAAUAAAGAGAUGACACUAAGUCAUUCAGAGCUUGCAAAAAUAGAACACUUGAAAGAAAAGCACCAUCUUCAGGAUCAGAAAGAGAUAUAUGUAGAUGGCAAAAUGGGGAAUGGAUUGGAGCAGCAGAAACAUGAUGAUAUAGAAGAAUCAGAAAACCCAGAAAGCGGUGCCCUUUGGGACAUUUAUCGCAGAGCAGAUGCUUUGAAGUUGAAAAAAUAUCUGAGAAAGCAUUUUAGAGAGUUCAGGCAUACAUAUUGUUUGCCGCUAAAACAGGUUGUUGACCCUGUUUAUGAUGGAACAUUUUACCUCAACACAGAGCAUAAAAGGAGGCUAAAAAAGGAAUAUGGAAUUGAACCAUGGACUGUGAUGCAAAAUUUGGGAGAUGCAGUCCUUAUUCCUGCUGGCUGUCCUUUUCAAGUUAGAAAUCUAAAGUCUUGUAUACAGGUUUCAACUGGCUUUGUGUCACCUGAAAGCAUAAAUGCGUGCCUUCGUUUCACAGAGGAAAUUCGUGUCCUUCCCCAAGAUCACGUGGCCAAGGAAGACAAACUAGGGGUAAAUAAAUUGCUUCUUUAUGCCAUGAGACAAGUCUUGGACGACCUGGAAGUGUCUCCCAAAACGGAGGCAAAGACUGAUUAUGUGGAUAUCAGUUCUGAUUCAUCCAAAGAAAGUGGAUACCUGGGAUCAGAGCCAGCAAAUCUUGAGACCGAAAGCAACUCCCAUCCUGCUAUGCAGAAGGUAUACUCUAGGUGCAAAUCUAAGAACGACAGGAGAGGGUUAUAUAGUCUUAUACGUGACCCUACUUCUGUACAAAGAAAGUCCCAGAAGGAGGCCAAUAUAUCUCAGAAGGUUUCACAUUAUGAAACAGUGCAGCCUAUUUCAUCGGAUGAUUCCCCAGGAUCUUACAUUCGAAUACCGAGAAUAGUGCCUAAAUCUGGUAAAGAAAGGGAGUUUGUGGAUAUCAGUCCUGAUUCAUCCAAAGAAAGUGGAUACUUAAAAUCUUCAGGAUUUAAUCCUGAAAGCGACUUCAAUGCUGCUACUCAGAAUGUAUAUGCGAGGAGCCCAUCUAAGGACCAGAGUCGGUUAGGUAGUCUCAGAUGUGACACUACCCCAAUUGAAAGCGACUUCCAAAAGGAGGCUGAUAUGUCUCAGGAGGUUUCCGACGUCUUAACCAAAACAGUGAAAUCUUCUACCUCGAAUGAUUCUCCAGGCUCUUACAGUCAAGCUCCCAGGUCAGUCUCUGCCGAGAUGGUUGGAUUCUUCAAUCAGUUGGAGGAACAAAUUCAAGAAGAGAAAUUGGAUGUACUUAAGGUGCUUCCUCCUCAAAUUCAUCUGGAUGAAGAGAUCAUCCAGGAGUAUGAGAAGAUUUUGAAAAAGCACAUGUUUGGACGCCUACUUGACCUUGCGAAUGAUUCAAAUCUGCAAGACUUCAAUAAAGUCUUGCACUUUUUGCUUGCCUCUAGGAGGAUCCCUUCACACUUGCAGCAGGGAUUCUUAACUCUUCGCAGCGAUUUGCCUAACUUAACCAGUAGAGUCUAUGAGCUUCACAAGGAAGUGCACCGGGGAAUGAUUAUGCCUCUCGCGAGGUCCAAGGAGAGAGAGGAACUGAAGACCAUCUUGGGCAAAUAUCGCCAGGUCGAGGAUAAUCUGGUGAAGUUGGAAAAAGAGAAAGACGGCAACAUGCUUGUUAUCGCUAGGCUUCAGAUGAGGAAUGAACACCUAAACAAGGAAGUCACAAGUCUUAAAGGAGAAGUGGCGAAGAAUGUUGUUGGCGGCAGUGGCAACUUGUGUAAUGAUCAAGUAUGGAAGCUGGAGCAAAAGAAAGAUUAUAACUCAGAUGAGAUAGUCAGGCUUGAGGCCAAUAAUGAAGCCAUAGGUGCCAAAAUUAUCAACUUCGCAGACGAAGCUAAGAUGUUACACAAGGAUGCCAAUGCUCAACAUUAUAAGGUAAUAAACCUUGAAGCUAUGGCAGCUGUAUAUGAGGGAAAUGUUGAGAAUGCCAUGGAUAGGUUGGUUCUCAUGGAGCUCAAAUGGAAGCAGCGGGUCGAGUCACUAGACUAUUGAGUACUGUCCAGUGUCCGUGAAGCACAAUGUAUACUUGUGCCUUUUUUUUUUUCCAAGGCAGAGACAGUGAAAGGGUUGUCAUCUUGAAUCCGAGCUUCUUAUAUCUUAGCAAUCAAUUGUUUAACGUUGUAAUCAGAUAAGCCAUGUGUGUAAAGAAUCCUGUUGCACAGCUAAUAGAUACAUCACAGGUAGUGUUGCCCCA